CUUGGCACACGGGCUGGGUUCUGUCCGAAAAGACAGCAGUGCUGAAUGCUUGCUCUGUGCUCGGCUGUUGCCCCCACGGCUGGGUCCUGGCCGUGGGCCACCCUCGGGAGGGCGCUUUUGCUUUGGCUCCAGAACCAGCCCUGGCUUUCUGAAAGGAAGCGAAUGGGGAAGGUGGCCUCCUCCUCGCUGGAUUCCUCUUGAGCUUCCUUUCCCUGUGGGGCCCAAUCCAGACAAAGGCCCUCGGCCUAAACUUGAACUUAAGAGCAAAUUCAUGUCUUCUGUUUUUAAGUCUUCGGGAAGCAAGAUGCCAUCGCCUCUGGGGAAACUGGUCUUCCUUUCCAGCGUGCUGGCCGGUGGGAGCGGCGCCCGUGUGUAUUACCUCAUACGACACUGACUUUCUUUGAAGAUCCUUUAUGCCCACCGCCCAGCCUGGCUUCUCACCCUGACUCUGCGCCGUUUUCACUUCCUGCCGGGACGGAUCCAGGCCGGCUGCGCUCCGUCUGAGCCUCAGCAGGUGAGGCCCGGCCCGCAGACACGGCCUCGUGGGAGGAUCGCCCCGCAGUUACCUGUGUGAUGGGGGUAACGCCCGCGCCCGCGCAUGAGCUUGUUGUAAAACCAAAUACCUUGUAAGAUCCAGGAGAUCCCGGGAACGGGGCCUCCAUGGAAACCUGGACCCGACAUCUGCCCCUCCUGUGCCGGCCUUGGCGGGCACCUGCUCAGACCCACAGCAUCCCCUGCAAGCCCGGUCCUGGGGAGUGGCCGGAGGGGCCUUCUCCCCGGCCUCCAUCAGGCCUGAGGGAGGGAAGCUCGCUCUUGCUGCCAACCUGAAGCCCCCCGCUCGGGAAGCCUGCCUUUGCUCUCUCCCGAAGGCAGCGUGUCUCCCUUACACCUUUGGGAGGUGCUUCCUGGAGUUUCCAGUAGCCUUUGGGCCAAAGCCUACCUGAGACAGCGGCGUAUGAGCUUUACCUACAUGAAAUGUUGCCUUAAAUCUAUAAACCUGACAAAUUAGCACUUUCACGUUGUGUUUCUUGGCCCAAAGGUUUUGUUGUUGAUGAUGUUGGGGUCUAUUUUACCCUGGAUUAUCCAGACCUUCAUCCUAGUGGAAGGAACAAUGUUUACAAGUCCACGGUCGUAAGAUUUUGGCCCCAGUUCUGCCGUGGACCAGCCAUGUCACUUUGAGCAAGUCAUGGAAUCACAGGACUUUAGGACUGAAAGGAAAGCCAGAAAAAAUCCGAGCAAACCCCUUAGAUGAAGAAAUGAGGGAACGGAUCAGGUGGGAAGUGAGAGAUGAAGACGCUGAGGCACAGAAAGAUCAAGCACCUUGCUCAAGGUCAUCUGCCACAUUCCCGCAGAUACUGACUCUCUGUACUUUGCUUUUGGAGUCUCUAAAAUGGACACGUCAGGAGGCUUUUUCCGGGGCUUCCUCUUAUCAGCUGGCAUUGGAGCAGCUGCACAGCCGCCCCGAGGCCUCUGCAGCUCUGGGCCCUCCCCUCAGCGUCCACUGUCUCCAGCUCACCGACCAGUACAACUUCGUGGACAUCGCUGAGGCCCAGUUGAAGAUUCCUGUUUCUGGAUCCAAGUCAGAAGGCCAUCUCUAUGUCAGCUCAUCCAGAGAUGCCCCCUUUCAGAGGUGGCACCUUCAGGAGGUCUUCUUAGAGCUCAAGGAUGGUCGGCAGAUUGCCCUGUUCAAGGCCAGCGGGGACACCGGUGAUGGAGGAGGAAGGUGAUCAGAAGGACUCAGCUUUCUCCAAGCAUGGCCUUCCCUCCUCACCAGGUCCCUCCAGGGUCUCGAGCCAGGUUGCCAACACUGGGGGUGAUUGUACGCGCUGGCAUGUGGUAAUCUUGGUAUAAUGCUGAUUUGACCACAGUUGUCGUGGGUUUCAAUUUAAUCAGAAAUGGACAUUUUACAAUAAAUUGAUGAAAGAAUUUAGUUGCAAAUUCACUGUCUAAAAGCAAAGCACAGAACAAGAGGAAUCACUGUUAAUAAGAUGUUCAUUGGUUUUUGCUAGUUCUUCUCUUUCUUUCCAGCCCCCUCCUCCCUCUUGACCCCCUCCCCCCCCCCCCAUUUCAGUUCCAUCCAUGGGAAGGCAAGGCAAGGUUAACUGUUAACAUGAGAAUGCCCUACCCUGAAUUCAUGUUGUUAAGUAGCUUGUGAACAUUGUCAAUCCCUUUGGAAUGCUUUUUUGCUUCACUGCUGUUGUUUUAUCUUCUUGUUUCUGUUGUAGUCGUCGACGGUCUGUCUGAUGAAGAUUUGCAAAAUAACCUCUUUAGUCCAGACAUUUUAGAAGCUUAAAAAAAUAUAUAUGUGUACAUAACACGUGCAAAACUAACUUGGGAUUGCUAGUUUAAAGUCAGCAGGUCCUUAGCCUUCUGCUCUGCAAACAGCCACGUAUUAGAGGAGCAUACAUUUAGGUGGUACCUUUUUUUUUUUUUUUUUUUAAAUAAGGAACAGUAUUAUGAAGCCAACUAUCUUCCUCCUCUCUGAGCACUAGAGCUGAUACAAACCAGAAAUGUGGGAUCUUUGCUUUGAAAAGAUUUCCUCUCUUCCCUUCAACCAUCUGUGAUGAGACAAGGUUUUAUUACUCCCGGUUUUGGUAAAGUUGCUCACAGUAGAGGUGAAGAAGCUGAAAUAAAUUACAGCCAGAGCUGGACAAAGCGGCCUCCGUCGGCCGGCACAGUGGAGAGGUCGAGGGGCCUUCUCCCAGAAGACUGGCGGACAUCAUCUUCCUUCAAGAGGUUGUAAAGUUUGAGGAUUCUGCUGGCUCUUUUGGGCCCUGGGCGAUGAGGCACCGGAGUAUCCGUGAGUCCAGAAAUCUCCUCCUCCCCUUUUCUCACGAUGACCACGGGGACUGGCAUCCGCAGUACAAUCUGAACACAUUCGCGCUUUCUGUCUCCAGGCCGCCUUGGUGGGUAGCAAGAAAGCCCCUGGCUCGGCAGGAGGCAGACACGGCCAUGGGUCAGGAACCCUGCUUCACAGGAAGCCUUGGGGGUUGGCUAACUUUUUCUGUAAAGGGCAUGACAGUAACUAUUUUAGGCCGUAAAACCUCUGUUGCAACUGCUCAACCCUGUAGCUUUAGUAUGGAAGUAGCCACAGCCAAACAUAAAUGAAUGGUCAGGCUGUGUUCCAAUAAAACUUUAUUUAACCAACCGGCGACAAGAGCCAUAGAAUGCUAACCUCUGUGGUAGCCUAAGCUCGGGUUAUUCAUUCUCUAGUACUUAAAAAGAAAAUCCAACCAAAACCAAGUUAUACAAAAAUAAUUUUUAAAAAUUGAGUUAUGAACAGGAGCUAAAAUGCAGCCAAAGGUAAAAUGAAUAAAUACAGGUAAAUCUAAAUGAGGGAAAGGAAACCAAAGUACAAUUCUUAGGUAAAAACCUUUCCCUAGCAGUCAGGAAGGUAGACUCAUUGUUAUUUAAAUAAGUUCUAGCAUAGGUCUAAGCAGGAGUUUAAAAUGACCUCUGGAAGAUUAAGUAUCAAAAACACAAAAAAGGUAAGAACAAAGAGUAUCCAGAACCACAGCAUCAGAGAUACAGAGAUAAAGAAUAUGCAAGAUCUCUU